UAUCAGACCACCGACGUCACCGUCGAGUCAAACACCGGUAGAUGCAAAUUGCAAACAGACAACCAGAAUCUCAAACCCAUCGGUCGCAGUCUUGGUUUAUCGCUGGUACCGCUCUCCUCCUCUCUCUUCGGCAGGCAUUCGGGGCGAAGGGACCACAUCCAUGCACAGAGACAGACUACUACUAUGAAUAUACAGAGUGUGACAGUACAGGGUCGCGAUGGAGAGUAGCAAUCCCUCAGAGCCAUGGAUCCUGCAUUGGACUGCCCGAGCCUGUACGAGGGACAGAGUGCACAUUUUCCUGUGAGGCGGGGGAGUUUCUGGAGAUGUCUGCUCAGGAGUGUACUCAGUGUGCAGCAGGUACCUACUCUCUGGGUAGCGGCAUUCGCUUUGAUGACUGGGAAACCAUCCCCACCGGGUUCAGCUCCCUAGCAACUUACCUCGACAAUGGUCCCCAUGGAGACGACAGCACUGCCUGCAACAGUUCGUCGUGGUUCCCCCAGGGUAGUUACCUGGAGUCUAACAGAGAUGAGUGUACUGUCUCUCUGAUCUAUGCUGUCCAUCUGAAGAAACCGGGAUCAGUCUCCUUUGACUACCAGUACCCAGACGGUAACCUCUUCUUCGUGUUCUUUGUCCAGAAUGACCAGUGUCAGGAGAUGGACCAGACUGCUGAUAAGAAGUGGCUCAAGCUCACCAGUCACGGGGAGUGGGCCAAACACACUGUGAAUCUGAAUUCUGGCACUAACAUCUUGUACUGGAGGACAGCAGGGGUCCUGAUGGGAGCUAAAGUAGUCAAACCUGUUCUGCUGAAGAACGUCCACAUAGAGGGAGUGGCGUAUGCAUCUGAGUGUUUCCCGUGUAAACCAGGGACGUUCAGUCAAACCCCAGGCUCUUCCUCAUGUCAGCCCUGUCCCAGAGACACCCACUCUGGCCACGGAGCCAGCUCCUGUACCCCCUGCAACACCACCACACUCUAUGCACCGGAGGGGUCAGCUGAGUGCAAAGCGAGACCACCAUGCUCCAAGAAGGAUUACUUUCAGAUCCACACCCCAUGUGACCUUGAGGGCAAGACGCAGGUGACCUACAGGUGGGUGGAGCCUCAGAUCUGUCUGGUGGGCGUGCCCGGGGCUGAAACACUGCCCCCCUCUGGUGACCGUGAGGCCUGCCCCCCCUGCAACCCCGGUUUCUAUAACAAUGACACAGCUACGUGCUCUCCCUGCCCCCCCGGGACAUUCUCUGAUGGGGUCAAAGCAUGUGAGUCGUGUCCUGCUGGUACUGAGCCUGCUGUAGGUUAUCAGUACAAGUGGUGGAACGUCCUUCCAGCAAGCAUGAAGACAUCCUGCUUCAAUGUGGGAAACUCCAAGUGUGACGGCAUGAACGGUUGGGAGGUGGCGGGGGAUCAUAUCCGCAGUGGAGCAGGGGGCUCUGAUAACGACUACCUCAUCCUCAACCUCCAUGUACCUGGUUUCAAGCCUCCUACAUCAGGGACAGAGUUUGGACGUAUCAGCUUUGAGUUUGAGAUGGUGUGUUCAGCUGACUGUGAGCUGUACUUUAUGAUGGAUGUAAACAGGAAGAGUACGAGGGUGGUGGCGUCAUGGGAGGGCAGUAAGGUCAGACAGUCCUACACACACAUCAUGACCAAGAACGCAUCUAUGUCAUACACCUGGGCCUUCCAGAGGACCAACCAGGCCUCUGACGUGCGUCAGAAUGUGAACAACGUGGCACGUAUCUACUCCAUCUCAGUGAGUAAUGCUGUAGACGGUGUGUCGUCAAAGUGUCGGGCCUGUGCCCUCCUCUCCCAGCCCUCCGGCUCGCUGUGUGUGCCCUGCCCUCCAGGACACUACAUACACACACACACCAGCCAGUGCACCGAGUGCCCCCCCAACACACACCUUACCUCACACAGCACCCUGGGGCCAGAGGCCUGCAAACCCUGUGGACCUUCCAGCAAGAGUAACAAGGAGCACAGCAUGUGCUACAGUGACUGUGUGUUCUCCUACUCUGAGAACAACGUGUCUCUGAGUUUUGACUACAGUUCUCUGGGCUCUGUUGGAACGUUAAUGAACGGACCCAGUUUUACCUCCAAAGGAACCAAAUACUACCACAUCUUCAACAUCAGCCUCUGUGGAGGAGAGGGUAGAAGGGCUGUGUGUACAGACAACGUGACUGACCUAUCCAGCGCCGAUUCUCAGAAAGACACAGGGGAACCAGCCAAUGCGGUGGAGACUUUAGUCUGUCAAUCAACCAUUAUCCCCUCCAGUGGGCAGGGCUUCCACACAGCACUAUCCUCUCAGUCCAUCAGCCUAGCAGACACCUUCCUGGGAGCGACAGUGGCCUUGACUCUGGAUGGAGUCAAGGCAAGACCAGACCUGUUCCCACAGACCACCAACAAAGUCCCUGACGUCAACUUCUUCUACCGUUCUCUGGAGGUGACCUCGUCAUGUGAUAAAGGUCGUAAUGUGGUGGUGACGCUUCGCUGUAACCCGGAUAGAAGCACACAAGGAGAACUCACAGUACCCAGUCAGUGUCCGGCGGGGACGUGUGAUGGCUGUACCUUCCACUUCCUGUGGGAGAGCUUGGGGGCGUGUCCUCAGUGCACAUCCACAGACUACCACCAGAUAGAGGGAGCCUGCAAGGGAGGACUACAGGACACUCUGUAUGUGUGGACUGAGCCAAAGCGGUGUGUAGGAGGGGUGUCCCUCCCAGCGAUGAAGAUCUGGCCAUGUGAGAGCAUGGACUUCUUGGUAAAGAUGGGGGCGACUAUAGGAGCCUUCACCGCCGCACUCCUCUUCUCCAUCACCUGCUAUUUCUGGAAGAAGAACAAGAGGCUGGAGUUUAAGUACUCGAAGCUGGUGAUGUCGUCCAAUAAGGAGUGUGAACUGCCGGGGGCGGACAGCUGUGCCGUGAUGGAGGGAGAGGAGAACGAGGGAGAGAUGGAGGACGAGGUGGUCUACUCCAAAAAAACAUCCCUGAUACGCAAACUCAAAGCCAUCGCAUCUAGGGGAAACAGAAGAAGCUAUGAAAAUGUCCAGUUGAACUCCUCACAGUCAAACGGGUUGGUGUGGGGGUGAAGAAAGAUGAAAGAGAACAAGGAGAGAGACCAACCCCCAGAGAGACUUCUUCAACAUAUCUCCCAUGUUGAGGGUUUGAACCCUUAAUACACACACACACACACACCCAGAACAUACAUAGACACAUGCAGAGUACACACACCCAGAAUGCAUGCUCACCGACACAAACACAUGUGAAAGGACAUUAUACCCAUCUGGCCUUAUCCCUGGAAGGGUGUGUAUGGGUGGAUUGCUGGCAUAUGGGCGGUGUGAUUUUUAAAGGGUGUGUAUGGUGGGGUAUAUGUGUGGUGUGUCGGGUCUGCUUAGGUAAAAAAAGAGGACCUUUUAUGUGGGAUGUUUUUUGUGCUGUUUUUUUCCGUCACUCUGUUGUCAGGUAGCUUUGGGGGCCAUGUUGUUUUCCCUCAGGUGAUUUGUCCUCUGAGACCAACCUCACAUCAACCCUUAGGCUCUUUCUCAAUAAUCUGGAUAAGAGGAAAGACAUGGUGUUCCAAAGUGCCCUCUGAAAGGCUGGGUGGGAUUUAUGCAUGUUGGCACGUGUCCAAUCCUUUGAGAUCUACAGAAGUGCACACAUAGCCCUAAAUACCCAACACACACACACACACACACACACACACACACACACACCCUAGUACAGUCUCAUCUUAGUCUGACCUGCACCACCCGUUACCCAUUUGUUCUGUCUGUAGGCUUUGGGUUACCAUGGUGAUGGUGGAGUGUCCUUCAGCCUCUCUUAGUCCAAUCAGGAGUGGUGAUGUUACAUUAUCCAUGUAAUGAUACAAUAUGAUGCUGACUGCCUUUCUGUUAUUUAAAGUGAAAUAAACUAUAUUGUAUUUGUGUACACUUUCAA